AUGGCUGCCAACGACCUUCGAGGGUGGGUAAUGAGCGCCGUCUCUGGCGUCGCCUGCGUUCUCGGGUCGUCCGUCAUUUGCAUCGACCUGCUCUUGCGCCAAUGCUCUCACCACAAGAGCUUUCAAAUCGCCAAUAGCAAUAAUUUCCUGUCAGCGUCGCUAUGUCUCAGUGCAGGAGUGAUGCUCUUCACUUCGUUGUACAGCAUGCUACCUACCUCGAAAGACUAUCUCACACGUGCCGGCUUUUCUCCUUCUGUCUCUGCAUAUAUUCUGACCGCGCUCUUUAUCACCGGAGUGAUUGUGAUCCGUGUCCUCUCGGGGUUUAUCCAUCGCUUCAUUCCAUCGCAUGUCGUCGAUUGCGCUCACAGUCACGGAGGGCCGGAAGUUGAUCCCGAGCGCGCCGAAGAACUGUCAGGACAUCACGACCAUUACGAGCACAACGAUGCCAACCAUAGACAUGCAAAUGGAAAUACUGAGAGCACGCCGCUUCUUCGGCCCCCAAAGACCAAGUCGUUCAGGUCCACGCCCGCCGUUUUGCAGCGGACCGGGUCGGCGGCAAAUACCAUCAAACGGGAAUCGCUGCGGGCGAUCCUCUCUCGCCGCAUAAGUGCUCUUAUGGGCGGUGCCAAGCCCCUGUGUGACGAAGAUGGGCCCUGCUACGGUUUUUCCCAGACUUGUGGCCGCGAAUGCACCAAGAUUUUGGCAACCCAGAUCACCCCACCUCCGACAAUGAGCACGAAUGAGGUCACUCGGCCCUCCCUGGUGCCACAGCAUAAAAGCAUUGCAAUACAGCUCGGCGCUGACCCACAUUGUGAACAAGAGGGGAAUGCCGACUUGAUCGCAACAGCUACCGACACUGGGUAUUAUGAUGCGAUCUCUUCUCAGCACAUCGUGCACUCAACUGCCGCCUCUUCUUCAUCGUCGCACACUCAUCAUAUUCAUUCCGAACAUACUCAUCAGCACAAUACCGCAAAUCAAUCCAAGGAUCAUGCUGAUCCUUAUCAUGAUCACGUCGAGGACCCCGACGGGGCUGCUUCCAAACCAACACCCGACCCAGUCCACCAUCACCAUGUGCCCCAGAACGCAUUCCUUUCUAUAGGACUUCAAACAUCAGUGGCAAUCGCCCUCCACAAGCUCCCAGAAGGGUUCAUUACCUACGCAACUAACCAUGCUAACCCGACCCUUGGCCUCACGGUGUUCCUUGCUCUUUUUAUUCACAAUAUCGUCGAGGGCUUCGCCAUGGCCCUGCCGCUAUACCUUGCCCUCAGCUCCCGCUGGAAGGCCAUGUUCUGGUCUAGUCUGCUUGGUGGCAUCAGCCAGCCUGCCGGUGCCGGCAUCGCUGCACUAUGGAUCUGGGGCUCCGGUCGGGGGCAGCAUGACUCCACGGGGUCAUCGUGGGGCGUUUACGGAGGAAUGUUUGCCGCGACUUCGGGCGUGAUGACUUCCGUUGCGUUGCAACUUUUCAGCGAGGGCUUGGGUUUGACCCACCACCGCGGUAUGGGGAUUGGGUUCGCCAUCGCGGGCAUGGGACUGAUGGGGCUGAGUUUUGCUCUGACGGCUUGA